UGAGCAGUAUGAUGUUAUGGGUUCAGCGAUGCACUUCAUCCUGCUUCUCUCAGUAGGACUGUGGACUCUCACUGUAGGUGUAUAUCGUCAGUUUUAUGUGGUGAACACAGAGCUAAACUGGACCGAUGCUCAGGCGUACUGCAGAGCGAAAUACACUGACCUGGCAACCAUUGAGAGUGAUGAAGAGAUGAAUACUGUAAAAGCCAUGCUUAAAGGGAGUAGUGAUUAUAUCUGGAUAGGAAUGAGGCAGAUUAAUAGCAAUUGCUGCUGCUCUGCCAGUUAUAACAAUAUGUUCUGGGUCUGGUCAGAUCAGUCUUGUGUCUCAUACUUUAACUGGGAUGGUGGAGAGCCAAACAGCGGUGUGACUGGUAACUGUGUACAAAUAGUGAAAAACAGUGAUAAAUGGAAUGAUGCACUUUGCUACUUGGCUGACAAAUUUGUCUGCUAUAAAAAGCGAACUCCACUGAUGGUGAUUAAAGAGGAGAAGACGUGGCGAGAAGCCCUGAGGUUCUGCAGACAGAAUCAUGUGGACCUGGUUUCUGUUCAGUCACAGGAAAUGCAGGACUGGGUGGGAGUAGUCACUCAAAAUGCCUUCACUAAUGUGACAUCACGUGUGUGGGUUGGUCUGCGUCACACCUGCUCUCAGGGCUUCUGGUACUGGGUGGCAGGAGAACCCAUCUGCUACCAAAACUGGGCUCCAGGUAACGGGACCAGAGUGGAAGACUGUGGUGAUGUGGAGAGAACUGGAGCGAUGCUGUUUGACAGUAAGAAGUGGAUCAGCCUGCCAGAGACUCAAAAACUCCCCUUCAUCUGUGUCACCACCUAGUGGAGGAUACUAGAAGUGAACACAUGAAGUUCAGCUGGAUGCUCACAGUUCAGGACUUUACUUUCUCAACACAAUUCUACUCCAAUUUAUUGACAUGCAAGUACAAUAAUCUCUAAAGAAAGGUCUA